AUGACCGCUCCCCCUCCUUUACAUGGCAUUCGAGUCGUAGAGCUAGCUGGUCUAGCUCCAGGCCCCUUCGCUGGUCUCCUUCUCGCCGACUAUGGCGCAACAGUCCUUCGAAUUGACCGGCCAUCCGCAGUCAGUGCAGAUCAACUAACUCGUCGCAAGACCUCCAUCACCCUCGACCUGCGCGAGGCCAAGUCGCGAGAGAUCCUCCUCCGCAUCCUCACGGCCACGGAUGUGUUGAUCGACCCCUUCCGCCCCGGCGUUCUCGAACGUCUCGGUCUCUCGCCCACGGAAGUCCUUCUUAAGCAUAAUCCGCGCCUAAUUGUGGCGCGCAUGACGGGGUUCCGACGCGAUGGGAAGUACAAGGAUAUGGCCGGUCACGACAUUAAUUACAUUGCUGUAUCAGGUGUUCUCUCCAUGCUGGGCCGAGCAGGCGAUAAACCCUACGCUCCGGGCAAUAUUCUCGGUGAUUUCGCCGGAGGUGGUGCAAUUUGUUUCUUAGGCAUUAUUCUCGCCCUGAUUGCACGCACUAGCACUGGUCGCGGCCAAGUCGUGGAGGCUAACAUGGUCGAUGGAUCCGCCUACCUCGCAACAUUCCCUCGAAUCGCGACAAAAAAUCCCUCCUGGAGUGAACCGCGCGGCAAAAACCUCCUAGACAGUGGAUGCCCUUACUAUGAUACCUACGAGACUAAAGACUACGGGAAAUACUUUGCCGUCGGUGCACUCGAGCCGCAGUUCUACGCAGCCCUGCUGCGCGGACUCGAGCUCGAUCCGAAGAAGAUGCCUGCCCGUGAAGACCGGGACAAUUGGCCCGCGCUCCGAGACAUCUUCACUCGCCGCUUCAAGGAAAAGACGCGCGCCGAGUGGGAGGCCGUGUUUGACGGUACAGAUGCCUGCGCCACACCUGUCCUGGAGCAGGGCGAGCUGGAGUCGGCAGGGUACGAGCAACGUCCCGCUGUCCACUUGUCCCGCACGCCAGGCUAUCCCAUCAAGGCCGAUGAGGGUGGUUGGUCUAGUGGGGGACUUGAGCCUGGCAAAGGUGGGGUGGAGACGCUUCGGGCGUGGAUGGGAUGGGAGCCUAAUAAGGAUUUCCAGGUUCGGGAAGACGGUGCGCUGGUCUCCGUGGAUGGCAGGGCGAAGCUGUGA